AUGGCAGAGCGUGCAGAUGUACCGCGAAGUCAUGAAGUCUUAUCUACAGAGCCAAAGGGUUUAGACGCCUACAGUAUUUGCAUUGCUAUGGGAUAUCGGAAGGGAUUCUGGUAUGAAUAUUGCUCAUCUACUUUAGAAAUUACUCCAAUGUCUUCAAAAUACAUGGAACAGUCGGACAGGAAGAAGAAAUGA